GGCCGAGGCAAGUUGAGACGGGCAGGUCAGAGUGGGCGGGGCCAACAGAAAGGAACCUGUUCCAGUGGUCCUGGACUCACCCUAUAGAACACAGAACACAGAACCAACACGCCAUGCUGUCUCUUUGCACUUCUCCGUGGACCGCCAUGACAGGGAGCUGAUGAUCAACCUUGACCUGUCACCUGUCCGUCGAGCCGAGGAGCGUUAUCACCAUGGCAACGACGUCCGCCGCACUUGGCAGAGGUUUGGGUCUGGUCCUGGUGGAGUUUCAGUACGAGUACCAGGGUCGGGACGGCUCGCUGAUCUCCAUAAAACCCAAUGAGCGCUAUGUCCUGCUUGCUAAGACCAACGACCACUGGUGGCAGGUCCGACGCGACCGCGCCUCCAAGCCUUUCUACAUCCCAGCAAAGUACGUCAAGGAGCUGCCGCUGGUCUUUCCCUCACCUCUCGACUUUGCUGACCCACCCCCUUCUGAACCGGCACCGGUUCCUGCUGCGGUGCCGGUUGCUGUGCCUGUUCCUGUUCCUGUUCCUGUUCCAAAGGCUCUUGAGGAGCCUGCCGGGACAAGAACCAAACCCGCUGACGAGGUGAUGAUCCGGCUCAAACCCGAGGCCUCCGGUGGGUACCGGAAGACUGAAAACCGCAUGUCCACCUUUGGCUUCCCACUGGACUCCCAGGAACCCUCAUUGCUGAUCGCUGCAGGACCGCGACAUCCCAGCAUCCCUCUUGGUCCAGAGACUGGUCCUGAGACUCAGAGCAAAAAGACACUCGACGACCAGAGAGACUCUGGAAAAUCCCAAGUUCCAAGUUUCAGUUUAGGUGACCCCUCUUUCCCAAGCCGACCCCACGUGCAACCCAUCGCCGUGGAGACGCCGGUGGUCCCCAAGGUCGACGUUCAGCAUGCAGAAGACCAGGAGGCCUCCAUGGAGGAGCAAGAAGAAGAAGAGGAGGAGGAAGUGGUCCCAGAGGAGUCCAACGAGUCAGAGAGCGACGAGGAGGACGAUCCCCCCAAAGAGGGAGGUUCUAACCAUAUCUACGAGUCCAUCCAGGACCUCAACCUGGACCUGGCCACCUUGACUAGACCAGCAGAGAGUCCUGGACCUCCUGUGCCCACCAAAGAGGCCUCGAGCCCGCCCAUCUACGCUGGCGUCUCAGCUGUCAAGGGGAGCGCCGACACUGACCCCGCCCCUCCAGAGCUGCCCGACGCUCCCCAGUCCACCACAGGCCAAGUCCCUUCCCCGUCGGCGACCCCGGUCCCUGACAUGACCAUCCCCUCACCGCCCGUCAGGACACAAGAUGGAUGGCAGGUCCACACGGACCAGGAGAGCGGGAAGGUGUUUUACUUCCAUCCCGUCACCCUACAGACCACCUGGUCUGACCCGCGUGAGCCCUGCCCCCCCUCGCCUGCCGACUCGGACCCACCUGGGGGGCUGCUGUCCCCUCCCUCUCCUCAGCAGGAACUCUGGGAGCAGCUCCUGGACCAGACAUCAGGAAGGUUCUACUACUACAACCCCACCUCAGGGGCCACGUCCUGGACCGCACCCCCGUCGCUCUCCCCCCUCAGCUCCACUGACGACGGCCCGCCCCCCCUUCCAGAAGAGGAUUAUCCUGUGAACGCACCCGACGACAUCGUGUUUCCUACGCAUCUCCAAAAACAUGUGAUUCCCAGAGCUCACCUGGACCUGGCGGAUGGGGUCCGCUUGCCGUUGAGGAUGAGGAAUGGCGUGGAGGACCGAGGCUGGAGACACAGCGUGGCUGAGGACAUGCUCGUAUCUCGCCAUCUGAGGAACUUCUCUGAUACCACUGACACAAGGAGAGACUUUCCUGACAGUUUGCAGCUCUCUGAUAGGUUCUCACGGAGGAGGAAUCUGUCCAAUCGCAGCACAGACUCCCAGCAGGGACACAUGCUGGAGAAAGCGGGAAUCCUCAACAAGACCAAAGUGAUCGAUCACGGCAAGAAGAUCCGGAAGAACUGGAGUCAGUCGUGGACCGUCCUCCAUGGAGGGAUCCUCACCUUUCACAGGGACCCCAAGUCUGCCCCCAGCGGGAACAUGUCCAAGGCGUCACAGAUUGUUCCGGAAUACACGGUGGAGUUGAGAGGAGCUUGGAUCGGCUGGGCCUCCAAGGACAAGUCCUCGAAGAAGAACGUGCUGGAGCUAAGGACUCGUCAAGGUUGCGAGUACCUGAUGCAAUACGACACUGAGAGCAUCAUCACCGACUGGCUGAAAGUCAUACAAGACACCGUCAGACAGCUGGAACAGGAGCACUUGUCAGACGACGAGGAUGACGCGUCCUCGGAGAGAGAGGACAAAGAGCGCAAGAGGAUGACCACCAGGAGCGCGUUGGCCGUCGACUCGGAGCAGACGCGCGUUCGCACCAAACUUCGGCGCUUCCUUCAGCGCAGACCGACGCUGCAGAGCGUGAAGGAGAAAGGCUACAUACGAGAUAACGUGUUCGGCUGCCAUCUUGACACGCUGUGGCACAGGGAAAACGCCACCCCACCCAAAUUCAUGGAGAAGUGCAUCAGAGCGGUGGACAGAAGAGGCCUUCAUGUGGACGGGAUCUACCGAGUGAGCGGAAACCUUGCUGUGAUCCAGAAGCUGCGGCACAAAGCAGAUCACGGUGACUUGAUGUGUUUGUGCUCAUCGAGCAGGAAGAAUAAAGAUGGGACAUUUGAAGACAAGCAUCCAUCUUCUUCUUCUCCCUUUUGUCUUUCUGCAGAGGAGCACCUGGACCUGGAGGACGGCCAGUGGGAGGACAUCCACGUCAUCACCGGCGCACUCAAGCUCUUCCUCAGGGAGCUUCCCGAGCCACUCUUCCCCUUCAGCUUCUUCGACAAGUUCAUCGCCGCCAUCCAAGUUCCAGACUACGACCUGAGGGUGUCCUACAUGAAGGACCUGGUGGCCGCCCUGCCCGUUCCCAACCACGACACCAUGGAGCUGCUCUUCAAACACCUGCGCAGGGUGAUCGAGCACAAGGAGUCCAACAGGAUGUCGGUGCAGAGCGUCGCUAUCGUGUUCGGACCCACGUUGCUCCGCCCCCAGACAGAGUCGGCCAACAUGACGAUCCACAUGGUCUUCCAGAGCCAGAUAGUGGAGCUGAUGCUCAACGAGUUCCACGUCGUCUUCGUGCAAAGCUAGCGCAGGCAGGCACGGCUCCUGUGGAACCUUCCAGAACCCUCCAAGAACACUGUGACAGGUGUUCUCGUGAGCGGACGCAGUCGGAACCCCUGCAAGUUCUAAGCUGGAGCCACUGGGAACACUGACGUGCUUGUGACACUCGACAAAGUGACUCGGCUUCAUCUUUAGGACACAUCCUUCUAGAACCUCCAAAAUACCACUAGGUGGAACCAUCGAGGACCCUGGACCGGAUGUGAUCUUCAAGUGCACCUUAUGAACAUGAGAACCUCAAAGAACCACUGGAGCAAACACGCUCUGCCUCUCCACUGGAAAAGUUUGAGAAAGAGGAAGCGGUCGUAUGAAAUAGACGUAUAUAAUGACGUUGUUAUUCUUACUGAUUCUUUUCAUUCGUUGGGAAAUGACAACAAGAUUCUGGAGGGACAAAACGACGUUAAAAGUUGUAGAAAAUAAAGAUUUUAUUCCAUU